AUGCACAUCUCAACCCCCCUCACCCUCACCCUCCUAACCCUCCUAAAAUGUACACCCAUCCUCGCCCUCGACUACACAAGCACCUACAACCUCGCCUCCGCAGCCCGCUGGGACGCAAAUCUCAUCGAUACCCCCAACAACGUUUCCUGCACUGUUACCUACAAUGAUGUUUCCUCCUUGCUCAUCCCCGAUGCGGAUGGUUAUCUCAGUAGUCCGAUUGCAAUCGCUAUACCCUGUAGUAAGAAGAAUUAUGUUGCUACGACGGUCGUGGGGAAGGAUAGUUCGGUGAUUAGUUAUACGGUGCCUGGGGGGAAGGUGGUUACUUUUGUGACGGGGAAGAGGAGUGUUUUAGGGGAUGGGGAGGUUGUUCAGAUGGUUUUUGGGGCGUGA